GGUGGUUUGAGUUUCGUUUCGACCGUUCAUCAGUUUCAGUUUCGGUUGGUGCAGCAUACGACGCUAUGCUAAUGUGAGCUUUGAAAAUUGUCUCUGUGUACGAUCAACCUAACCUCACAAACACGAAUGUUUCAUUUUGCCGUUUUCGUUGUUUUUCCGCAAGAAUGGUGAAUAAACUUGAAUGGAACUUUUAUAGUUUUGUUUAUUUAGUGCUUGUUUUUUAUAUUUUCAUCAACUGUGCAUCUGGACAUAGACUUUGCAAUCAUCAACAUCCUAAACAUCAUGAGGUACUUCAUACAAAAGUAGAUCCAGAACAUGUCGUUAAAAAGAGAAGUGCAGAUCAAUCUCUACGCAUCUUGUUAUAUUAUGACCAAAGUGUAUAUAGGUUAGACCAAGAGAGAUUCGCAUUAAUUAAUAACACGAUAUUGCCCGAGGCUGUGAGUUUUUGGGAAAAGGCUCUUUUUGUUCGAAGAACAGAAAACGUCAUACGUUUAACAAGAAAAUGUAGUGAUACUCAAGUUUUCGUUAAAGAUGGUUGGACUCAUUGCAUUGACACUUGUAAAGAAAAAACUAUGUGUGGUGAGGUAGAAGUACCAGAAGAUCACCUUGACGCGUGUCGCAUAUGCAAUUCGACUGGUCAAAACUGUGGUAUUGCCAAAGGAUCCAAGGCUGGACCGGGCAUUCCAGACUUCGAUUUCGUUUUUUAUGUAUCGGCCAUGCAAACUGAAAGAUGCACUAAAAAUUUGACAGUUUCCUACGCCGCACACUGCCAGCAGGAAUCUGCUUUAGAUAGACCAAUUGCCGGCCAUGCAAAUCUCUGUCCAAAUAGUAUAAGUACAAAACGACAAGAAUUGGAAAUAUUGUUGUCGACGGUCAAGCAUGAAAUACUUCAUGCUCUAGGUUUUUCAGUAAGUUUGUACGCGUUUUACAGAGACGCCGAAGGUAGACCGUUGACACAAAGGAGUCCGGAAACUGGAAAACCGCCGCUCAACGAAUCCCUCCAAACAUAUCAAUGGAGUGAUAAAGUUAUAAAAACUUUCACAAGACCAAACUGGUUGGUUAGAUCGGGUUAUUUGAAGAGAGAGGUACAGAUGAUGGUAACCCCUAAUGUUGUAAAAGAAUCUAGAGAAUAUUUCAACUGUUCUCAGCUAGAAGGUGCGGAGUUAGAAGAUCAAGGAGAGGAAGGGACGGCUUUAACACAUUGGGAAAAGCGAGUCUUUGAAAAUGAGGCAAUGACCGGAACUCACACACAAAACCCAAUUAUUUCGAGAAUAACUUUAGCCCUUAUGGAAGAUACAGGAUGGUAUAUAGCUAACUAUUCUAUGGCAGAAGAUAUGUCAUGGGGAAAGAACCUAGGGUGUGAUUUCGUGAUGAAAAGCUGCAAAGAUUGGAUAACAAUGAAAUCAGCUAAGGGUUUUUCUAUCCAUCCAUUUUGCAACAAAGUAAAGCGUGAUCCUCUACAAACCGAAUGUACUGAUGAUCGAACAUCAGUUGCCCUAUGUAACCUUGUGGAACACCAGAAACAACUUCCUCAACUGUAUCAGAAUUUUGAUUAUAUACAAUUUGUGGAGAACGGCAGAGAAGGAUAUUAUGGAGGAUCAGUAUCCCUCGCAGAUUAUUGUCCCUAUAUUCAAGAAUUCACAUGGCGAUCGAAAAACGUAGUUGUCAGAGGUUCACAUUGUCAGUAUGUUGAAAAUAAUCCAUCACCGGACAAAAAUUUCGCUUUGGAGAAAUACGGUGAAAAAUCUCGAUGUUUUGAACAUACUAACCAAAUGUGGGAAGAGAGAUCCUGUAAACAAAUGCGACAGUGGCAACACUGGGGAUCGGGCUGUUAUGCUUAUAGAUGUGAAAAUGGACGAUUGCAUAUAUUGGUUGGAAAUUACUCUUAUGAGUGCUACCAUCCAAACCAAGAAAUAUCCAUACGGAUAAUUAGUAAUGGUUGGCUCCAUAAAGGAGCGAUUGUGUGCCCUCCAUGUAAAGAAAUUUGUGCCAAAGAAUUUAGCUCAAGAGGUGAACGCUGUAAAAUGCGAGAUGAAUCACCUCCUUCAACUUCAUACCCAAGAGACGACUUACAGUGUGGCUGCCAUAUUGCCAAAGCUAGCAGUCUUCUUCUACUUCUCUCAAUUAUAGGAACACUAGCAUUUAUAUGACAAUAGAUAUAAGUAGAUCAUAUAUUAUCUAUACUAUAUUAUCUGUAUGUUGUUUAAUCAGUGUCAUACUAUGAGGUUUUAGUUGUUUUUUUCAAAAUAAGACAUCAUGUGCAUGUCAUCGACUGAUUUAAUCUAAAAAUACUAAAAUCUCUCAGAUUUAGAUGGUUUCAAAUCUUUUCUUACAAUUUUUUAGUUUGUUAAAACUACGAACAAUCGAAUUCAAUUGUGAUAAAACAGAUAAGUAAGUGAUUCAAUCACCUAAUUAGAACGAAGUAUUUUUUAGUUGAAAGGUGUAAAAAAGGUUUUGAAACUUUUAAGUCACACUUUCUCUUUCUAAUAAUUUUCUACAUAGUAUUAUUUCAAUUUUCCACCUUCUAUAGUUAAUUCUUAAAGAUAUAAAUAAAUCGUGACCAAACUUCCCCACCAACGAACUCAAGAUAUCAGACUAAGGCAUUAUUAGUUUUAAUAUUAAAAAAACCAACUGUAACGUUUUUGACACCUUGCUCAAUGGAUUUGUAAUGCCGGCUGUACAUGCUCAUUGAUAUAACCUGAGAGAGAAUAAACCUUGAAUCCAAUAAAAUUGCGUACAGGGAAAGCUGAAAUUACUCUCGCUAAACGUUUUGUCUAUGUUCUGGCAUUGAGGUUAAAAUAAUCAGGAGUGGUCAGCACCAAGAACUCUUCCAUAAGGAACUUGAAUUCCACACAAUCUAAUUUUAAUUUUAGUGACAUUAACAAGAAAAAUGAUCAUAUUUAUCACUCGAGAAUUGACGAUAGUCAUACUAAACUCAAUUGAUUCAGUGAUUUAUGCUACAUCGGGUACAUAAACUUUGCAGCGGUGGUAAGUUAUAUGGCAAAUUUUUUGUUAUAGAAUAAUGAGAGGUUUUCAAGACCAAUUGCAAGAUGUCACAUCCACCUUGUGUUGUUUUUGAAUAUAUAUCAAAAUAAUGGAACUGUGGGAAGGCUGGAGUUUCCAUGACACAAACCAUGUAAUCCAUUAUUAAGUUGUUUAUUUACAUUUUACUAUAAAGUGAGAUAUAAUGUCUUUGUAAUUUUUGACGUCAGUAGAAAAUCUGACAAUUUUGGUUUAGUAAACCGCCCUAUUCUUUGAAGAAGUGUCCUUGGGUCAAUAUAUAGGAAAAAGUUUCACUUUUAGAGGUUAUGUUUCUGAUGUCACUUGGCAUUUGAAUAUUGUAUGCUUCAAGCUCCUUUUUAUUUAUCAUGGUAGUUUGUCUAUGUAUUUUUCACAAAUUUCUGAUUUUUUUGUAACAAUAUGUAAAUAAACCAAUUAAAACACGGACAUAAAAUAGAAAAGCGAAUAUACUUAAUACUAAGUACUUUUUUAGUUGAUUCUUAUUGUACUGCUUGACUAAUUUUAGACCAAGUUAGUCAACGAGAGAUAUUCAUGUACAAGCCGCCCAAGAGUUUCCGUAUUAAUCACUAAAUCAUUAGGUAAUUAAAUUUUAUUAUUUUUUCAGUUCUUUGGCAAGUCUAUGGGAGCAGAUUCAAACACUUAUUGAAAAUAUUUGCUCGUUCUAUUAAAUCAUUUUAAUGAAAUUUAUUAUUAUUUUAUACUUUAUAGGGUACUAAUCUGGCUAUAUUCUACGACAUUUCUUUGUUUUUGGAGACUACACAAAAUAAUUAAAUUAAAGUCUUUGAUUUGCUUUCGAAUUGUCCAGCUUUAAUCUUCUUAUAAUACUCAAAAUCCUGUGGUCAGUUAAGUUCCAUUCCUUUUGGUCCCAAGAUUUAUUCAUCAUGUAUAAUAUAAGCAAAAAAGCUAAUUAUAUCUGUUAAUUCUUGAUAAGUCUGGUAUUCCCUCAAUCUAUUAAUCUUUGAAGUUAGUUGCAAUGACCUCGCAAUAACACUUAAAUCAUUAUCCACGUUUCAAAUAAAUUAAUUUCAAUUAUAUGUUUCCAAAACUUUAAUCAAUAAUUUAUUUUAUUAACAGGUGAGUAUUUAGUUAUAACCAUAUACAUUUAUAAUAAGCCACGUUUAAAAUAACAUGACCUCAAAAUAAUAUAUUGAUUCUUCAAGUUUGGAACACUGUAUCAAUAAUACGAGGUCUGGCUAUUAAAUAACGAGACUGGUUACAAAAAUUUUAUUCUAAAAAUUAUUCUACAUUCAAAUGCCAGACCUCGUACAUAGACUCGCUUCUAAUAAUUUAAAUGUUUGUUUUGUUACGAAUUGAAAUAUUUGAAAAAGUUAAUGUAUGUCAUCUGUGUCUAGACAUUUGAAGGGACUUAGCAAAGCCCCACUUUAUUCACGCAUAGAUCUUCACUGAAUUACUUCCUGGUUAAUAUUAUCUUUCUAUUUCGAUGUUUUUGUUUAAUCUAAGAAGUAUUUUUAAAAUUGCCUGGAUGCAUUUAUUAUAAAAGGUUUAUCAAGUAACAUGUACACGUUGCUAAGUUUCGUAGUUUAUCACGAUUUUGAAAAAAAUUUAGGAUAUUUAGAAUAAUUAGUUUGAAAUUGUUUAAUAAUUAAUCAUUUAUAUAACUUGUAUAUAUCUGCUCCCAUCUGUGUAAAUCAUAACAAAAGGUAGAAUAUACCGUAUUUUUAGUAAUUUUGUUUUAAGUUAAGAAUUAGCUCAGUUUUUAUAUUUACAUUCCAAAAUUAAUCGUGGCUGUGUUGACAAGUUUAUUACUUUGUAACAAGAAUAGUAUGUAAUUCAUUGAGUGCGAUGUUUUCUUUUUUAUUUUUUCUGUACCAACGUCGUCCUCGAAUUUGGUUUGUAUCUUAACCAAUCUAUUGUGAUGUAUUAGUUACGUUCCACAUUCGUUACAUUCAGUUUUAACUGAAUUACUCCAAUAAAUUAGAAUCAAACGUUGUCUUUAGUAUUAGGAACCAAUGUACUAUUUAUUUACAAAGAAUCCAUUAUAUGGCAUAAGUAUACAAUAAAAUUCCUUCAUGUAAUGUACCUUGUUGUUUUUUUCCUCACCUCUUCUUGUAGCUAGAGAAGUAUAAGUUGAUUAGACUACGUUAAUAACCCCCAAAGGAUAUUUUUGGUAUCU